AUGUGUUUAUUUGAUCACUUGUCUCCUAAAGCAAGGAACAUGCAAUACUGGAGAGGCCCACGGCAAACAGAACGAGAAUCAAGACCUGUUUCACCCUUUGACGAAUAUCUUGCAACUGUUGGAGUUGAAACUAGACGUGGUCCGGCACGAAAACUGGGAUUAGAACAGGAAUUUCUCUGUGCCCUCAUCAGACUCAGACUUGCACUAAUGACUGAUGAUUUAGCCUUCAGGUUUUAGAUUUCAUCUGCCUCUAUUAGCAGUAUCUUUAUUACAUGGAUAAAGUUAAUGUCAAAAGAGUUGGCAGUUCUCAUCAUUUGGCCCACUCGCACUCAAGUAAAAGCGAACCUACCAAGUUGCUUCAAAAUGCUCUACCCAAAGGUGAGGUGUAUAGUUGAUUGCUUUGAGGUUUCUCCAACACCCCAAGCGGAUUGGAUUUGGCUGCAACAAUGUGGAGUGAGUAUAAGCAUAUUAUACCUACAAGGUGUUAGUGGCUAUAACUCCAACGGGUGCAAUUUCAUAUGUUUCUCCUGCAUAUGGUGGCAGAGCAACCAACAUUUUCAUUGUUCGUGAUUCUGGGUUCCUCGACCUCAUUGAACCAUAUGAAGUUAUGGCAGAUAGAGGGUUCAAGAUCAGGGAGAAACUCAUGAUGAAGAUGGCAACAUUGUGCAUCCCACCAAGCAAAGCAAAGUCCAUGCAGAUGAUACCGUCAGAUGUGAGGAAGACAUCAAAUAUUGCUAAUGUGAGGAUUUAUGUUGAGCAAGCAAUUGGCAGAAUGAAAGUGUUUCACAUUUUAAAGAAUGAGUUGCCAAUUAGUUUGCUUCCACUGGUCGGUGACAUUGUUCGUGUUUGUGCUGCUUUAUGUAACCUUCUACCUCCAUUGUGUGUGUAA